AUAACAAUAACAAGAAGAAACUUGAAAUUCAUUAAGUAAGUUUAUUCAGGUACAGGUACACAUAAAUACAGUUAUAUACGUUACCAUACAUAGCAGCAUAUGUGUAGAUUACCCAGGAUGACCUGAAAAAGUCAGACAAAAUGAUAUAACUCUCAAUAUGGCGCCAGAAUGGCCAAUUGGAGAAAGUAAAACUUACCAGCAAAAGCUCUUGAUUCCAGGAACAAAUAAGAGAAAACUAUUUGGAAUUUUAGAAAAACCAAACCUACCACCAUCUGCCCCAAGUGUAACCUACAAGAUUUUUAUGUUUGGGAAAGCAUCCUCAGGAAAGACAUGGACUAUGAAUCGACUGUCAGGACAGGAAUUACCAUCUCAACACAUAGAAACAGCAGGAAUCCAGUGUAGUAAUGUAUAUUGGCCAAUGAAGAUUGGUAACCGUCUUAUCUUAUUCCGUCUAGAAAUAUGGGAUGCUGGAGAUUCUAGUGUCAAACGCUACAACCACAUAUUGCCAGCUUGUCGCGAAGGAGUCGAUGCUGUUUUACUGUGCUUCUCAGUAAUAGACCGAGAGAGUUGGACAGAGUUACCACGUUUGUUAUCAUCUGCUACUCAACCAGCAGAUCGUGCUGCCAAAAUUGCUGUAGCAACAAGGUAUGAUCAGUUCUCACAUCGAGAGGUAACUGAGGCAGAGAUGGAAUCCUUUGAAGCAGUUCAUGGAGUACCAAUCUUGAAGCUUGGAGGCACUGGAGAUGACCACUCAGAUGAAUUAACUCACACAGCACCCAUCCUCAAUUUUCUGUGCAAACGACUUUGGCAACGUGAUCAAGAGCUUCUCUCUGUCAAGCAAUGAAGCCUAUGCUGUUAUAUAAUAUUAUGUAUAUUCAUAACAAUAAAUUCAUGUAUCUAAUUAA